AUGGAGACAAAUUUGGUGCGCGUUCUUGAAGGACAAUAUCUGGAUGAGUUGACCAGUGAGUUGUGCGAUUUUACGUUGGAAGAACAGAAUGCGGCCACCGAAGCGCAAGGCGUAAAACCGCUGGCCUCGUCUGAUUACAUACCGAUCGUCGGCAAAACGGUCACGUACGUCGUAGCCUGCGUGAUCGUGAACGACAGUAACGAGGUGCUGAUGAUGCAGGAAGCAAAAGAAUCUUGCGCUGGCAAGUGGUACCUACCGGCAGGCCGUAUGGAACCGGGUGAAACGAUCGUCGAGGCGGGCGUAAGAGAAGUACUGGAAGAAACGGGCCUAAAGGUGCAGAUUACUACACUGCUAGCAGUGGAAACUGCCGGUGGAUCGUGGUUUCGUUUUGUGCUAACUGGGAAUGUGGUCGGUGGUGAACUGAAAACACCUUCCCAAGCUGAUCAGGAAUCGAUUCAGGCCAAAUGGUGCCAAAACCUGAACGAAUUGUCGCUCCGUGCGAACGAUAUCUUGCCGGUGGUGGAACUGGCUCGCAACUAUCGCAAACGUGUCCCCAAAGAUCCGAACUGGCAUCGGGAAAUACUGCCCGCGCGAAAAGCACACUAUAAAAACUAUCUCCGGGUAGUGGUGGCGAUCAAGAACAAAACCACCAACCAGGUGUACGUGUUGCUGAGCGAGAAGACGGCUUACCACUUUCCGACGGUUGAGAUUCAUCCGGGUCGCAGUAUUCAUUCCACGCUGAAGAAGUUUAUGAUCGAACUGUUCGGUGCGGAUCUGCCGCAGCACCGACCGCACGGUGUGCUUAGUGUGGAGCACCAUACCACCGACGGCCAGGCAAACCCAACCGACGGUCUGUGUCUGACGGUGCUGGUCAUCUGUCGACCAUCGAUCGAAUCGGUUUCGCUGAUUGGCAAAUGUAUCUGGCACGAGCUGAGCAAGGAUCUUAGUGCGCGGCUUGCAAUGGCGGUUGCCGGUAAAAAUGCCACCUUCCAGCUGCACGUGGUACGAUAG